UGUCAUUCACAUUAAAAAUGGCGAUAUGUACAGCUGGAAUCUAAUAGUCGUCUAACAUAAACUUGGUUUUUUUAAGAUAGGCGCCCCAAAUUGAUCUGAUUGAAGCUUACCAAUAUGGAUUUCGGCACGUUGCUUCACAAAGCCCAACGAAAUGACAAAACACAAAAGAAGGAGAUCAAGUACUACAGUACGAAAUUUGAGCCUCCUAAGAAGGAGCAAAGAUCGAAGGAGUUGUCGGUGAAUGUUAAAAAGUUUUUGGAAAGGAAAGAACAGGAAGAGAAACAAAAACAAUUGGAGGCCCAAAGGAAGAAAGAGGAAUUAUUGGCAUUGAGAGCACAAGAUAAAAAGGCAACGCGCAGAGUCAAUGUCAUGUUAAAACGUACAAAAUCUGCAAACCAAUCUGUUAUACAAGAUGCUGUAGAUGAUGAUAAUACGGCGGUCACAUUAGCAGGACCAAGUCAACCUGAUGAGGACGACUAUGGGUAUGUGUCGCAAGAAGCAUCAGCUUUCUACAACAAAAUGAUGGAGAAAUAUAAUAAGAUGCCAGAUGAAAAGAAAUAUGAUUUCACGAAAAAAAAAGUAGACACAAAUUUAAAGGGUACUAAAGAUAGAGUUAGGGCUGCUUUAGAAAAGGAACGUGAAGAAGCAAUGAUGCCACACAAAAGAAAAAGAAAACAUAAAGAGAAUGGUGAAGAAGAAAUUUAUGACAAGUAUGAGCCUGAGAAAACUGACAAGCCUAAGCCAAAGCCCAGACCUGCCGCUCCCCCACCAAUGAACUUUGCUGAUUUGUUGAAAAUUGCUGAAAAGAAACAGUAUGAACCAAUUGUUAUAGAGCAGAAAACUAAAGAAGAGGAAAAAUUAUUUACCAAGAAACAAAAAAGGGAACAGGAGCUAGAGAGGCAGUACCGGGAAAGGAAAGAAAUGAGAGAAAAAGAGGCAAAAUUGAAUGCAAAAAAGCCUAGGCUUGAAGAGAAACCAGUCAUGAAGAGUUUGUCUGAUAAAAUUCCUAAGUUAAAUGGCUCAAGAGAUGACUCUAAGAAAUCUAUGAACUCAACUACAAGUGCCAAUUCCUCUAGUAAAUUAAUGAAUGCCUUAACUAAAUCUAGUGAUAAAGGACCAACUGUAAAUAAACCUACACAUAGUUCUGCCAAGGUGCCAGUUAAAUCUACCAGCUUGAAUGGUAGUCAAGAAAAACACUUUGAUAAAAGGAAAGAACAGCUGAUGAAAGACUCCAGGCCAAAACUUGCAUCUUCAAAAGAACCUGGGCGAGAUAUGGCAAGGAAGCAAAUUGAACCAAGUGAUUUGAAGAGAAAACCACCUUCUGACUUGAAGCCUAAGCAAUUCCCACCAAAUGAUCUUCGACCGAAGAAUGCUAUGAAGCAAAAACAGGCCCCACCAAGGGAUAUUAAACCAAAACAUCACAUACCACCACCAGAUAUGUCCAGAUUUCCAACAAAGAAAAGACCACAUCCAAAUCCCAGAAGAAUUCUGGAUGAUGAUGAUAGUGAAUAUGAUAGUGAGAUGGAUGACUUUAUUGAUGAUGGACCAGAGGAAGGAAAUGAUUACUCAAAAUAUAUCAGUGAAAUAUUUGGUUAUGAUAAAUCAAGAUACCGGGACUGUGAGGAUGAUGUUGAUGAUAUGGAAUCUUCAUGGGCUCAACAGAUGAAAGAGGAAGCCAUAAGUAAAAAAAUUGGUAUUAUGGAAGAUUUGGAAGACAUGAGAAAGGAGGAGGAGGAGAAGAAAAGGAAAAGGCUAAUGAUGAAGAAAAGGAGAUAACAAAUCUUCUAUUUAUGUUCAAGAUAUCUAAUACCUAUGUUAUUUAUAUACAUUUAUAAAAUGAAUCUUUUUGUGAUAUGAAUAUAGAUUAAUUUUGUUGCAAGUAAAAUUUAUUUGUAUAUUUUUAUGUGAAAUAAACGUCGUUUGUAUACACACACAUACA